AGGAUGAUGACUUCUUGGAGCACCUGGUCCUGCUGACAACGAUCUGCCUGGGGGCUGAGGCCAGGGAUGAGCUGCAUGUGGUGGCCGUUGAUUCAAAAAACACAUACAGGGACCACAAACCGGUGCCCAUCGCAGCGCUGCGGACCUCAGUGCUCCCGAUGAUCAGCCUCAAAGGUCUGGAGCUAGUUCCUCCCGUCACUUUUGUGCUCAAGUGUGGAGCUGGACCGGUCUAUCUCAGUGGGCAACACGUCACCUUGGAAGAUGAUGCCAAGUCUGAAGCCCAGGAGGAAGAGCUCUCUGAGGAAGAUGUAGGCAAUGAGGAUAAUGACAGAGCGGCGUAG